AUGAUCUUUACUAUAGUCACAAUAUCACCAAUAAUCUAUCGGGAGAUUUUGUCAUUCUGUAUUCCAGUUACUUGCAUACCUCCCCUGUCCUAUCUGGAAAUGUAUUUUAUCCAAUUAUUCAAUUCCCUCGAAAUAAUUUUAACGGAUUUAUCAGUUUGGUUUGUAGUUUUUAUGACUAUUUUUCGGGCUCUUGUUAUCCGAUAUCCAUUGAAUAAACGAAUCAGCUCACUUGUCACGUCUAAAUAUAGCUUGUGCGCAGUCAUCCCAUUUAUCUUUUUAGUGUUGCCAUUCUGGAUUCUUAGCUUCUUUCAAAAAACACUGUUCCCAGAACUUAAGUGGAAACCUUCUCCAGAAUGUCUUGGAUUUCCUUCUAAUUAUACACAAAUUCAAUAUAGAUUUCUGGCAAUUGAAUUAACUGGUGAAUUUGGAUAUGAGUUAACAGAAACUAUGAAUAAUGUAAAAGGAAUCCUAUUUAAAUUUCUGCCUUCUAUAGCUCUUUCGCUUGCAACUUUCGCUUUGGUUUUUGAGAUCAGAAAGCGGAAGAAGAAUAAAUGGACAACAGGCAGCAAAAAAGAGCGGACCACGAAAUUAGUUUCCGUCGUCACAUUUUCAUUUCUCCUUGCAAUUGUUCCACAAGGAAUAUUAUUCAUGAUUAUGUUCAAAGUGUACGAAACAUCUGUAUUGGGAGCUGUCAUCGAGCAAUUGUCCAUUACAUUAUCGUUUGUAUCUGUUAUGAAUGGAAUUAUUCAUUUAUUAAUUAUUUAUUCCAUGUCCUCCGAAUACCGAGCGACUGCUAAAAAUUUGUGCUCAUUCUUGAAGAAGAGGAAGAAUUCAGUUUCAAUAUUCAGAGUCACGAAGAUUAUUUUAAAUAAUAGAAUGCAACCAUAA